AUGAUCGGUAAAUCGGAUGAUUUUGCCCAUUUCGAUUGUGCCAACUGCCAGCAGACCAUUGAUAUUGAUGGCCUAAAUAAGACUUUGGAAAUAUUGCCAAAUAGCGCUGCCGCCACACACAACAACAUCAGCAACAACAAUGCCGAAAUCGAAACCCAAUUGUCGACACGUUCGGCAUCGAUAACCUCCGAUAAUUCAAUAGGUUGUAGUUUAUUUUACAACAAUAGCAACAACAGCAACAAUAACAGUAUUUGUAGUAAUGGUAGUAAUCACAACAACAACAAUUCCAACAAUACUUUUAAUCCGAAUAAUGGCCACUUGCAUAAUUUUCAAAACCAGCAUCGAGGUGGAGGAGGAGGGUCUGGAGAUAAUGCUUUGGGACCCAUGUUGCCGGGUGAGAACUGCAUUCUCCAUGGCAUGCCGAAUAUUUUGUGGUGUGCCAGCUGCAAUGCCAGCCUUUGCCGUGGCUGUAACUCGGGCCCCGACCACCAGGACCAUAUGAUACAAAAUCUCCAAGAGGCCAAGGAGGCAUAUCAAAAUCGCAUCCAACAGGAUAUUGCCAAGCUACAAGGGUCUCUCGGUGACAUGGAACAAUUGCAGAGAAUCCAAAGGGAGUUCCUGCUGGGUCUGCUGGAAUCCUGUUGCACCCUGAAAAGUCACCUGGAACAGGAGAUCAAUAAUCCAUGCCACAGCCAGGCGAUGGAGGGAAUGCGCGAAACAUUGAAAAUGUUACAAAUCCAUAUGGACAUAAUGUCCGAUUGUAGUCCUCGGGACUAUGUCAAGCUAAGCAAUGCCGUGGCGGAGGAGAAACAGAAAUUCUAUGUGAAACACAAGGAAAUGUUGAGGCAAUAUCAGAUCAGCGAACUGAUCAGCAGCAAUGAGAGGCUGUUGGAUUUCCCCACCAUGCAACAGAUUUUGCAGAAACAGGAUUUGCGAUCGGCGUCGGGGGGAGAUAAUAACGGGCAAAUGCCCAGUAAUCCGAUGCUGCACCUGACCAACUAUUGUGUAUUCCAUUUGUAUUUGCGUUACUCCAAACAAAAACAACAAUUUUUCGAAAAUCAACUGUGGAGAUAUCAACAGUAUCAGCAGCAGAUAAUAGCGAAUUUCAAGACCCAACAAAAUCAAAAAUCCUCCACAUCAUCGGGGACGUCGCAAUCAUCAUUGUCCUCCUCGUCGGGGUCAUCGGCAGUGGGUUGUUAUCAACCUCAUCAACAACAACAAAAUGGCAUUACAUCCAAUAACUAUCAUCAGGGAGGCAGCUCUACGACCAGUUCCGCCGCCUAUGAUACCCUACAAAUCAAACGUAAAACCUAUGCGGAAAUUGCCAAUAGCAAUUGUAGUUCCAGCAAAUCCUUUGAUUGCCAUAGCUCUCAAGAUUCAUUUGAUCUCUUCAAUGGCCCCUUGACGGUUUCCCAAUACAAACAACUCGAAGAGGUCGGGAAAUGCAUAGAUCUGCUUCUACUCAAUCCGAUCAGUAAUGACAAUAAUCACAUUUAUUAUUUCGAUUUUGAACGGAAUGGUGAAUUUCUCGGACGGGUCCUUAUCAAAGUCUAUGCAAGUUAUGCCCCCAAAAUGGCGUACAAUUUCCAUGCCCUAUGUACCCAUGAAAAGGGUGUGGGCUAUAGGGGUUGUAAAGUUUUCAAAUGUUAUCCGAAUCAAAGCAUUAUCACAGGGGAUAUUGAUCAAAAUAAUGGUUAUG